ACGGUGGGAGCAAACUCCACCCAGCAGAUAGGAUCUGCAGGCGGGCGGAGCGGAGGGCAGCGUGCGCCCACAGGGCUUGGGGCUGGUUGGUCGGGACGCCUCCUGACAAGUCCCGCAGAAAACUUCUGAGGGGCAAAGUCCAGCCUGUGCGCCACGGAGACGGCGUGGUGGAAGUGUAUGUGUGUGAGCUUGGAACUCAUGUUGCAUGGUAUUUGAGAGAAAUGCUCCAAAGAUGGCGGUGGUAGUCGCGGUUUCCUCUGGAGUGCCAAAAAGUGGAUUCGUGGAGGUGUUGGUGCGGGAGCAGUGGCACAAAGUUUUGGCCAACUUAAACGAGGAAGCGCUCACACUGAGCUGCGAGGAGAGCGACGGCGUGUGCGACAAUGUCAACACCAACGGUGUCACGAACGGAUCCUACCUGGACAACAACAACACCAACUCCAACAACUGCCCCCACACCGUGCGCACCGCGUUCACGGACCUCCCGGAGCGAGUGCCCGAGGCAAUCGCCAACAGAAAGCGGUGCGUCAAGGUGAGCAAGCAGGAGAUCGGCGGGCUGGGGAUCAGCAUCAAGGGUGGCAAGGAGAACAAAAUGCCCAUCCUCAUCAGCAAGAUCUUCAAGGGGCUCGCAGCGGACCAGACCCAGGCUCUGUACGUCGGGGACGCCAUCCUGUCCGUAAACGGCAUGAACCUGCGGGACGCGACCCACGACGAGGCGGUGCAGGCGCUGAAACGUGCUGGGAAAGACGUGACUCUGGAAGUCAAGUACAUGCGCGAGGCAACGCCGUACGUCAAGAAGGGCUCCCCCGUGUCAGAGAUCGGCUGGGAAACCCCCCCUCCUGAGUCUCCCCGCAUCGGCAGCCCUCCCAUCACCUCCCCCUCCUCAUCUGACCCUUUGAGCCCCGCCACCCUGCCCUCCCUGUCUCCCCAUGGUGACAGAAGGUGCAUACUGCUCAAGAUGUGUUGUGUAACCCGUGCAAUGACCACGCCGGACCCUGAGAACAGACAACUGGAGCUGCACUCCCCUGACGCCAGGCACACUGUGGUGCUGCGGUGCCCGGAUCAACCAUCUGCCCUGUCUUGGUUCUCUGCCAUGCACUCUGUCACAUCCACACUGGCACAGCGGGCACUGGCAGAGGUCAUCCAGAACACAGCCAGGACGGGGAUUGGCAGCAGAGAGAUACGACACCUGGGAUGGCUGGCAGGGAAGACGGAGAGUGAGAAGCAGAGCUGGAGGCCGGUGCUGGUGGUGCUGACAGAGAAAGACCUGCUGCUGUACGACAGUCUACCACGAAGCAAGGAGGUCUGGCAGAGUCCUGCACACACUUAUCCACUUUUAGCAACACGCCUGGUCCACUCUGGUCCUGACCGGGGGUCCCCUCACUCUGGCACUGAGCUGUACUUCGCCACUCGGACCGGCACACGUCUCGGCAUCGAGACUCAUCUGUUCCGGGCAGAGACGACCAAGGAUCUGUCCCUGUGGACCAGACACAUAGUGAACGGAUGUCACAACUCCGCUGAGAUGAUCAAAGAAGUCACGACGAUCGUGUUCAGGCACGCCGCAGCAAAACGUAUCCUCAGAGAUUUGAGAGUUUACAAGGUAACUCUGCAGCAACUGGACCUCCAUUCGUGUCCAAAGCCAAUCGUCUUCAUCCUCCACUCCUUCCUCUCUGCUAAGAUCGCCCGCCUGGGUCUGGUGGCCUGACAGCCUCUCUAAAGGGACAUUUCAACCUUCUUCAAAAAAAUGAAAAAAUCCACCUUGUUUCUCCACCUGUCUGCAUCCUGCAUGCAGCACACAAAGUUGAACUCCUUAAGCCGGGGGACCCAAGCUGAGUGAAUGUAGCUUCUUUCUGGAAAUCAACCUUUCUUGGGUCUCCAACUCUAAAGUUAAAAAACACUGGAGAAACCAAUACAAAUUGGUUUUGCUUUGAGUGAAAUGGACGUUUUUUGUUUUUGACAAAUCCUCCCUUUAAGGGCUGCAUGGACUGAAGAACCACAGUAGCGAAAAAGAUGAAACACAGACAGAGGGACACACCGGAAGGAGCAGAUUGGGCAUUACUGUCACGUCCAGGAUCGGAAAGACAGCAGGGUUUGAGAUGAGUUCACUCUUAAUUCAGUCACAUUGUAAUGGCAAACUGCCUUCCAUUUACCAUUUAUAUAAUUUAUUCCCCAUUAGCUCUGAAAGGACAUUCUGAAUUCCACUUGUAAUUUUUCUUCCACAAACACUUUGGCACACUGUGGAAAAACAUUUGUCAUGCGUUUGUCUUUUUUGUCGUCCCCUGAGAUGUCUUGUUAGUGGUGUCAGUAUUCAUCAUUGAAACCGGGAGCCACACUCGGCGCCACAGAUUCCCACAAUGUGACGGCAGACUCAAAUUCAAAUAGUCUCAGUUUACAUUUAACAGGCCGCAUACAGCGACCAUCUGGUGGUAUUUCAGAGUUUGACUGAUUUGACAGUGAUGUCAGCCAUAAUAACUUCAAAUAUAAAAAAAGAAUUGGUUUCAGUAAAAUGAAGUGGAAUUUAAUUAAAUAUUCUUUUUCUUUUGUCACAUUUAAAUUCAUUGUCCCAUUUAUCACUCGAAAAACAGCUCAUAUUUAAAAAAGGCUGCGUUCAAUAAUAGCCUGCUAUGGCAAUUUGUCCUCAACACAGAGGAACCAGAUGGCAUUUACUUUGUUUCAUUUUCCACGAUUAAUAUCAAAUUUACAUGGAGGUUUAUAUAACAAUGCAUAUGAUUCAUUUAUUCUUAAUUUAGCUUUCACAAAAUAAUUAGGUAACGUUCAGAUUAAAUAGGUAAACAUUUUGACCAAAUUGUUUCAGAUUUCAUAGAUUCUUUAAUGUGCACUGUGCUAGUGCCAGCAUAACAUACAUACACGGCUAACCUGUAAACAGAUGAAUCAAAAACAGAACAAAAGACAAUCUUUGUGAGAGUUUAUUCUUAGCUUUGGAAACAUCAAAUAGUCCAGUUUACAAUCCUGGUAUCAUUUCAUCUAAAUCAGAGCAAGAAAGCACAUAUGUGGAUUUCCAAAAAUGUUGAUCUCUUCCUUGUCUGAUCAGACAAGAUGAUGCUCUUCGUCUCUAUUUCCAAGUGGACUCUUCAACUAUUGGUAAACAUCUUGUAUGAACUGUUAUCCUUCCAAUGUUUCUCUUUGAAUGUCUGAUCAAGUUGACCUGGCUAACCGAUAAACAGCCGUCAUCUACUGCCCCUCAAGUAAAUAUCUGCCAUGAAUAACUGUAGUAAUUCUCAACAUUCAUCUUGAAUCAAAUGGUGCCAUAAUCACUCAAUGAAGUAUUAUUGAUCCGUCACUAUCAAGGUAGCCAUCAUAGUAGUCUUCAAUCCAGCUGAAGUCAUGCAACAGUGUGGGUUGUUCUUCUGCAGCAGACUGAAUCUCUGUGCUGCACUGUGUCUGAUGAGGCCUGCUGCCAGGUCUUUUACUUGUGCCUUCAGAUGACUGAGACAAACAUUUUAAUUUUGGAAGAAAUAAAUGAACAUGAUGAGUACGGAGCAAACAGUGUGACUGCUAUGAUGGCUACAUUGGUCUGGGCUCAACCAGCCAAAUCUUUUUUUGUUCGCUCUCUCCUUUUGAAUCAUAGCACACUUCCAUCGACCAUUUACACACACACUGUGAACAAUGAUCCACACAUUGUAAUCAUACCACACUGUAGAAGAAACAUAAUCAGUUUUGUUGAUACUCAGAGAUAGUGGAGGCUUUGUAACACACAGAGAAUCCAGCAGUCACUGACAACCUCAAGUAGAGAGGAGCACUUUGAGUAAAGCCUGCUGUGAAGUGUAGAAUACUCUGAUGCCUUCGGCAGCUACUGUACUGUCACUCAGAAUGAUAAAUCUUAGUUUUUCAACUCAGAUUGUGCACAUAAAUCAUGUAUUUAACAAAACUGACAUGAAGGCUCUGUUUUUAUUUAUCUUCAAUGGUGAUUUAUUCAUUUGUCGUCAGCGGAAAAUGUGAAUCAAAUGAAACACACUGGAAAAAUGCACUUUACUUCACUUAUAUAAAUU